CUACACUGCAUAUAUCAGCCGCCACCCCGCCAUUUUCGCUUGCCCCUCAACAACACUCCAUGCGUGAAGGCAUGAGGUAGUUCUCACUCAACAUGUUGGCACCAUUAUCUUCUUGCCUUUCGCUCAUCCUGGUCGCCGUCGGCCCUGCCGCGGCAAUCUGGCCGGCGCCCCAGAGCUUCACCAACGGCACUUCCGUCCUCUACCUGCACCAGAACAUCAAGGUCACGUAUAAUAACGAAAGCAUCCAGUAUACCUACGGCUAUGAGCCGCGGACGUUGACCAGCAAGGAGGUGGUCCAGGCGGGUGUGUCCCGGGCGCUGACCGGCAUCCUCAACAGCAAGUUCGUGCCGUGGAUGCUGCACAAGCCCGGCUCGGACUUCGAGCCCGACCUGGCAAAAGGCCAGAAAUGGCUGAACACGCUGCAGAUCACUCAGACGAGCAAAGACGAGCCCAGCGCCUUCAAGCCCCUGGCUGGCGAGGUUGAUGAGUCGUACAACCUGACCAUGAGCGCCGACGGAGACGUCAAGCUCUCGGCCGUCUCGUCGAUCGGCGUCCUCCGCGGUCUCGAGACCUUCACGCAGCUCUUCUACCAGCACUCGAAGGGGAACUUCUGGUACACGCCGUACGCGCCAGUCUCCAUUCAGGACGCGCCGAAGUUCCCGCACCGCGGCGUCAUGAUGGACACGGCCCGCCACUUCUUCCCGGUCUCGGACAUACUGCGGACCAUCGAAGCCAUGGCCUGGAACAAGCUGAACCGGCUGCACAUCCACGUGACCGACUCGCAGUCGUGGCCCCUCGUGAUCCCCUCGAUGCCCGAGGUCGCGGAGAAGGGCGCGUACCACUCCAGCCAGACGUACUCGCCUGCCGAUGUGGAGAGGAUCCAGCAGUACGGCGCCCAGCGCGGCGUGGAGGUCUACUUCGAGAUCGACAUGCCUGGCCACAUCGGCUCCGUCUCGCUCUCGCACCCGGAGCUCAUCGUGGCCUACAACGUGCAGCCAUACUACUGGUACUGCGCGCAGCCGCCCUGCGGCGCCUUCAAGCUCAACGACACGGCCGUGGAUGCCUUCCUCGAGAAGCUGUUCGACGACGUGCUCCCGCGGGUGGCGCCGUACGCCGCCUACUUCCACACGGGCGGCGACGAGCUCAACAAGAACGACUCGAUGCUGGACGAGGGCAUCCGGUCGAACGACUCGGCCGUGCUGCAGCCGCUCCUGCAGAAGUUCAUCGACACGCAACACGCGCGCGUGAGGAAGGCCGGUCUGACGCCCAUCACGUGGGAGGAGAUCCCGCUCGACUGGAACGUCACCAUGGAGAAGGACACGGUCGUGCAGUCGUGGCUGGGCGGCGGCGCGGUCAAGAAGCUGACGGGCUUGGGAUACAAGGUGAUCGACAGCAACUACAACUUCUGGUACCUCGACUGCGGCCGCGGCCAAUGGCUCAACUGGGCCAACGGCGCCGCCUUCCAGACGGGCUACCCCUUCAGCGACUGGUGCGGCCCGACCAAGAGCUGGCAGCUCAUGUACUCGCACGACCCGACGGCGGAUCUGACAGCCGACGAGGCCAAGCUCGUGGUGGGCGGCGAGGUCGCCGCCUGGAGCGAGACGAUCGACUCAGCGAACUUUGACUCGCUCGUGUGGCCGCGCGCCAGCGCCGCCGGCGAGGUGCUCUGGUCGGGCCGGCAGGACGCGGCCGGGCAGAACCGCAGCCUGAUGGAUGCCGCGCCGCGGCUGAACGAGUUCAGGGAGAGGAUGGUGCUGAAGGGCGUCGGCGCCUCGCCGUUCCAGCAGAUGUUCUGCACGCAGGGCGAGCCGUGGGAGUGCGAAUACCCUGCGUGAGCGGGUUGGAAAGGGGGCCCCGCCCUUGGCUAGUAUUUCGUUUUCUUUUUCUUGUCCUCCAGAGAUACUCCAGAGAAGGGGGGUUUAAAUAUUGACCGGUCCUUUUGCCAUGCGGCGGUAGUGAGAAAAGCAAAGUGACAAGUCCGGGACCGUUCCGAUCGGAGCGUUUCCGCGCCGCAGGGAUACUUCCGAGUACUUCCGGUGACCUUUGAUUGCACUCAUUCCCGUGCCUGCGUCCGCCGUCCGGCAUUCUUUUCUUGUACAAUACAUACAUACUAGUAGGUACUCACCGAUCAAAAGAUCAGCAUGGGAAAAGGUGCAGGAUAGCCGGGGGCUGGCCUACUAGGGCAGCAGUAGCAUAAUGGCAUGAGGAUUUGGUCAACGUUACGAAGU